AUGUACAGGACCAAGGUGCCACGCCACUAUCCUGAUUCUGCAAUUCUAGAGCUGAAACUGACAGAAAGGAUUGUUGAGACUGCAAAGUCUCCUAUUGCAAGUAUAGCAAAAAGUGUAGCUACGAAUGAUUUACCUGCACCUAUAGUAGCUUCAUUCUCAUCUAAAGAACCCAACCCAAUCACACCAGAUCAUUUGAAGCCUGACAUCACUGCACCAGGUGUAGAUAUUCUAGGAGCUUGGUCAAAUGCUGCACCAGAGCAGCUGCCUAUGUUAUCAUCAACAUUGGAUGCAACAUUAGAUGGCAAUGAAGCUGCAGAAUUAGGAUAUGGUGCAGGGCAGAUUAAUCCUUUCAAGGCCAUCAAUCUGGGGCUUGUGUAUGACACCAAUGUAGAUUCUUAUAUCAAUAUGCUAUGUAGCCAAGGAUACAAUGAAACAUUUUUACGUUUACUGACAGGAGAAUUUAUCGUGUGUUCUUCAAAUUUAUCUAACAACGGAGUAUGGGAGCUUAACUAUCCUUCUAUAAUGGUUAUUGGCAAUGUAAGUGAGCCCUUUUUGGCUCAAUUUCUAAGAACAGUUACAAAUGUAGGACCUGCAAAAUCUACCUAG